GCAUAGACUGAAUAGCUUAGUACAAAAUCCUGUUCAGAAUCUACAACAAAUUAUUGAUGAUUGCAAAACUGGUCCUCUUGAUCCCGAAGCAGAAAAAGAAAUAGAAAAACAAAUAGAGACGAUGCAAAAAAUGGAGGAAAAAUUAGAAGUUGAAAUGCAAAAUAUAAAGAAAGGUUUUGCCGACGUAACGAAAGAUGUCAACAUUGUAUCGAAAGAUGUUCACAAACUAGAUGAAGAUGUUAAAUCAACUAACAAAAGGGUGGAUGAGCUGGAAAAGCAUAAGGAAUCAGAAGGAACUCCAAAAGCAGAAGGAGAUGAGGCGCCAUUUCUUUUUCAAAGAAUAUAUAGACGGUUUAAAUACAAGAAACGAAAGAAAGAGCUGAAAGACGAUUUGGCUACCUUCUACAAAACAAAAUACAGUACAAUACCACUGUCACCGCUAUUCGAGGAACACGACACUCCCCUUGUAGAUUUUUACAUUUUGCCUGAAAUGAAUUUCAUUGAAAUUCGAAAGAAAAUGCCAGCUGGCGAAGGCUCUAAAACUCAAGUCAAAUCGUUGUCGGACGUAUUUAACUCUGAAAGCAGUUGUGAAAUAUAUCUAACCGCUGAUGCUGGAUUUGGGAAAACUGCAUUUUCAAAAUAUCUUGCUGUCACGUGGUCUCAGGCUCAUCGUCCCAGAAAGAAAUACAAAAGGUACUUUUCAGAAGAUGCGUUAAACACCAUGCGUGAUUUUGAGUUUUUGUUCCUUGUGUUAUUACGAGAUUCUUCUGAUGACUGCAACAUUGAUGAUAUGAUAGUAAAUCAAGUAAUGCAAAAUAUGUCACGCCCUUACGCAGUAACAGUAGAUUCAUUACAGGAAAUUCUACAUCGUGAAAAAUGUUUAAUUAUUAUGGAUGGACUUGACGAAUGGAUCCAUCCUGAAAGGAAAUGUACAAAAGUACCAAAAACAAUCCCUCAUCGUAAUGCACGUGAAAAGUGUGUAAUUCUUACAACGACAAGACCUUGGAAAAUAGGUUUGUUGAAUCUUAAAACUAGUGAAAUAGGUCAGAAAGUAGAACUAGUAAAACUUACCUCAGAGUCAGCACAGACAUUAGAGCAAAGAGCGAUUUCAAAAAUAAAGAAUAUCGAUGUUGCUGAAGCAAAAAUCCUGGCCAAACAAUUAAAUAAAAAAAUCAAAGAAAAUAAACUGGAGGAUCUUGAAUCUGUUCCCCUUCUUACGAUGUAUCUCAUUUGUUUAUGGUGUGACGAUAUUCCACUAGGACGUUCGAAGUGUGGACUAUAUGCAAGCAUUAUUGAACUCCUGCUGUCAAGAACUGUAAGCAAACAUCCGGAAAUGGAACCAACUUGCGAAUCCUCCCAGAGUGAUAUCCCACAAUGCUUCAGUGAACAUGAACAUUGUACUAAGUACUGCACAUAUCUGAAAGCUUUAGGACAAUUAGCAUUUGAAACUUUAUUCAGUGAAACAAAGGAGAGCACUCUUGUUUUUUCCAAGUCAGUGGUAGAUAGGUAUCUCUCAACAAAUUAUUUGAAAUUAAGUCUUGACUCGGGACUAUUAACACAAAGUACAGAAAAGACACUGACCAAACAAAUUUCUAAAGUUUCGUUUUCCCACAAAACGGUUCAGGAAUUUUUUUGUGCAUUGCACAUUAGCUGUCAAAAUGAAAAUAAUGUCAAAGAAAUUGUUCAAAACAAAUGCAAAAGUUUGCAAAAUAUUCUUGACAUAUCGGCAGUGGUUGUAUUAAUCAGCGGAAUGAAUGCAGAAAUCAUUUCUUCAAUAUCUCGCGAGUUCAUGUCUGUGAUCAACGAAGAUAAGAGAACGAUUGAAUACAGGAUGUCAACGACUGAUUACUGUAAACCUCUGAAAGACAUACAAGACUUGUACAUUUCUUGUAUUAAAGGAAACACGAGCGAUAAGGAACUCAAACUUUUCUGUCAAGAUUUUUUCUUUAGUGGAGAUUGUAAAGAAGAAAAAUACUUUUCACAUUUAACACAGCUCUCAGAAAACAAUAAAAACAACAUGGAGUCAAUAAAUAUCUACACAUUCGGUGAUGCUAGUUUACGUGAAAUUAUGGGUUCGUGUGCAUUGCACGAACUCUUCAGCAUCAGUAAAAUAUACUACUCGGGUGAAGGUGAACAAACGCAGCUUCCUGUACUGUUAAACAGGUCAACGAAAUGUGUCAAUAUUAUAUCGCGACAUGAUUCUUGGAGCCGUGAAAUGUGUGAAACAUUACAGAAUAAUUCUCUGUUACAAGCAAUUUAUAUCGAAGGUUUCGCAAUGAGUCACGAUGUACUGAAUGACUUUCUGAAUUAUAUUAUAAACAGAAAAAAAAUGACGGAGAUUAGAUUGUUGGGCAUAUGGUGUACCGAGCACAAUUGUUCAUGUACUUUCAGUUUAGAUUUUUGCCAGCAUUUAGAUCUAAGGAAGUUAGAAUUGUGCCAUAUACCUGAAGUGUCACAAUUGAAAGUUAAUGGUCAAGUGAAACACGUGCUGUUGGGCAGUAUCAAUCUAGUUGAAAUGUCGCUGCAUCCUGAAAUGGUAAAUAUUGAACACAUUUAUUUGCAGUGGGUAAGCAUGUCUGCUUCAACAUUCCGUGAUCUCGUUAAGGUAGUGGAGAAACUUUCACACAAAGCCACAGUAAGAAUAGACUCGUGUAACAUAAAACCGAUAACAGGGUUUGAAGACGUUAAACAAUAUAUACGCUCAUCUCAGAAUUUCCGAGUCACGAAGGAUGAACGUCGGGCGUUUGGGAACGACUUUGUAUUCGAAACUAUAGUUGGAAAUCAAGUUACUCAGUAAACUACGAGUGAAAAUCAGCACCGGCGUAGCGCCCUGUAAGCACUACAGGCCCGAGCCUACACUUUUCCAGCAAAAAUUAAGAGUUAGUAAAUGAAAUACAAAUAUGUAAAAAGCAUUUCUUAAAACAACAACCGCGCAAGUAUUUAAGGCCGUAAUAUCCGGUAUAAGCAUUGCAUUAUUAUGCACGUAAGUAUUGCACGUGCUGGUGUUGAUAAUAUUUGCAUCGCUGGAAAAAUAUCGAAAAUGGCCCUUGCAUUAAGCCCAGAUUUACAGCGGCUUGCAGAAACAUUUUCUCCAAGUCAGCUCGCAGAUAAUGUCUAAAUUCCGCCAUACUAAUGUAAAAUUCAUCUAAAAAAUUUAUUCUUUGGCCCGUGUCGGUCAAAAGAAGACAUGCCGGCUUGUGUUUCUAAAUUGGGUAUAAUUCUCACAGCAGACAUGGGCCGUGACUCAACCACCUGAUGGUGAAUUCAAAAGAUAUCCAUAGAAAUUGAAAAAGGAAAAGAAUUUCUAUUACAAUUCGUUUGACUUCUUUAGAAUUGAUGUGUGAUAGUGACGAAAAACAUUGAACGGAACAGACGCGGGUAACAGAUGAUUUUCGUUAUAACUUAAGUCGGUAUUUUGUCCAGAUUUCAAAAUUUUCUGACAAUGGUGAAUGGUUGUGGUUUCUGUUUUCGAAAUUCUGCACUAAUGAGGUUGUUGUACACACAACUUACAAAACUAUUUGAAGUCCUCUUUACAUUUGCUACCUUAAUUAAAUGCAUCGAUUACUUGUUUGAUUUCCCUCCACUACAUAACUGCCACCCAUGCCAUGCAUUCUAUACCCUAAGUUAGCUUCUGUUUUCUUCAGACGCGAAGAAGAUAUAGCCAUAAUUUCGUGCAUGACUAUUGACUUAAAUGUUGAUUGAUUUUUUUUUAAUUAAACGUGUGGAUUUCUCCCAGUAAUUAAUGUGAAAAUAAGAAAACAAGUCAAAUUUAUUUAUUUAAGUUUUUUAUUAAAACAUAGCCAGAUAUACAUCUGGGUAGUUUCUUUUGCUGUUCAGCAUAUAUUGUGAGGCAUGUGUUCAUGUUGUUACCAAUGUUACUAUUUCUGUGCAUAGUCCGUAGCACUAUACUACAAAAUUAAUGUUUUCAUGAGAAAGUCUUCUAAUAAAAGGGGAAAUCUCCAUUUAUUUAAUAUGGCUUGUAGUCUCUGAAGACAAUUAUUUGUUUCUAGUAGACGGAAUUCAUAGUUACACUAGGAAGAACACUUCUUUUCGAAAAUCUUGUAUUGUCUUUAGCGGACUUUUCAUAAUUUUGAUAAUAAAACUGGGAAUCAUUUUUGUUUUAGAUGAUUGUAAAAAAGGUAUUUGUUUAAACAAUAGAUGAAAAAUAUCCUAUGUAGAGACACUACUUGUAUUGUAAACUUAUUGGGAUCACUUAAUGAAUGGAAUGACUAACUUGUUAUCUCAACGAAAAAUUUUGUUAAGAUUCACUUAUUUCUAUAUAUUAACUGAAAAGAUGUUGCAAGAGAAAUAAUCAUUUCAACAACAAAAUUUGGUGUUACAACUCAAGAAAAGGGGACUACGGACAAUAUAAUAAACAUGACAUACUAGUAGUUACUGUCAGCUUACAAAUAUUACAAUACAUGAAGGUGUAUUUCUAAAAGAAGAUAAUCUUUUCCAAAGUUCUGAAUCAUAGCAGUUACCAUGUGUAUAUGUAUAUUUGAUAGACUAAGGUCGAUAUAUGGUAAUUUGUAUUAUGUAAAAACUUAUUUGAGUUCUGCCAGUUAUGUUUAAGUUGAUUGCUUGUGAAAAGAUGACAUGAUAGUUUAAUGCUGUUAGAUCUUAACAUUGUUACAAGUGACAAGUUAUUUGCUCACCUUAGAGCACAAAAUGCUCAAGGUCAGCAUUUGUGAUCGUCCUGUGUCCGUCGUCAUCUGUCGUCAAAAACUUUGACACAAUGUUAAUAAAUCUUGGUCAGAAUGUUAACCAAAAAAAAUCUCGGACCAGAUUUUUACUCUAUAAUAUGAAUCAUAAAAUUACGUCAAAUUUGAAGGAAGUAUUGUUGGAUCUCUUAAGGCCAUAUUUUCUUCUUUUUUUUUUUUUGGUUGGGUUUAACGUCACACCGACACAUUUUAGGUCAUAUGGCGACUUUCCAGCUUUGAUGGUGGAGGAAGACCCCAGGUGCCCCUCCGUGCAUUAUUUAAGCACGAGCGGGCACCUGGGUAGAACCACCGACCUUCCGUAAGCCAGCUGGAUGGCUUCCUCACAUGAAGAAUUGAACGCCCCGAGUGAGGCUCGAACCCACAUCGAUGAGGGGCAAGUGAUUUGAAGUCAGCGACCUUAACCACUCGGCCACGGAGCCCCCCCCCCCAUAUUUUCUAUCUUAUUUUAUAAUGUUCCCAGAAUGUUUGCAUCUAUAGAAUUUGAAACUCGAUUAUUUCAGGUCAAAAACUAGGUCACUUUGUCAAAUUAUAGAUAAACAGAUAAACCAAAUUAAGACAUUCAGCCUGAAUUUCAUAAAACGUUGCUAGAAUGUUUGCAAUAUGAAAUGAUAGUCGAUUUCAGGACUGAGUUACACGAAGUCUUAAACAGGGUCAUUAAGUCAGAUCAUACAAAAUAUAUGUUAACAUCCUAGAGGCGAUGUUUUUCUACCUGAACAGGCUAUGUUUUUCGGCGAAUUUGAAUAAUUCGGAAAAUCGUGGUAGAUGGUCAACAAAUGAACAUUCCUUCAAAUCUUUGUAAAAUCCAACUUGCUGCUUCUGAGAAGAUUAUAAGCUUGACUAUCCAAAAUAUGGAGAGCUGUUCUACUCGAUCCGGCGCCGGCGUUAACGUCGGCAUCCGCACCUAGGUUAAAGUUUUGAUGCACUUUCUCUUUAUCUCUGUAAUUACUUGUUGGAUUUGACAAUGAAGUUUAUUCUUGUUUCUGCAGAUAUCAAAUAACGUAAAUAACACGCACACGACUGUUUCCCUGAAUAUAUAUCGCACCCCUAAAACUGCAUAUUAGUCUGAAAUUAUUGUCAUUUGGUUUUCCCAAUUACUGUAAUCAUUUUGUUAUUAAGUUGAACGCUUUCAUUUUGUCUUACAGUUAAUAUAUUUCCAGAUAUAAUAAAACAAAUAUCAAAAACCUUGUCUAUCAGUAGAGUGUUUGAUUAUGCGUGUGUAAUAAAUACACACGUGAAAUAGUUGUUGGAAAUUCGAAAAACAGUCUCAGCUUUUUCCUAACUUUGAAAAUCAAAGGUGUAUGACUGUUUGUGCUAUCUCUAAAUAAUCGUUUCAUAUAUGAAAACAACCUAUAUUUAUAUGAUAUGAAUCAAAUAUAUUCCUGUAUAUAUAAGUAUAACAUUGCACUUAUAGUUGCUUCUUGUAACAUGCAGAAAAAAUCGAAAUUCAAGAAAAUGAAAUGAAUAGAAUGUUACAAGUAACAACUAUAAGUGUGUGUUUAUUUAUUACGCACGCAUAUCAAUAAGAAUAAUCAUGCAAAGUACUACAUGUAUUAUAAUUUGUUAAGUCAUUUAAGGCUAGCAGAAAUAGUGUUUUUAUUAUAUGUCCAUGUUUUUACACUGCAACCAACAGUGUUAUAGUACAUUUAACCAUCUAUACUAUUAGGUUAUUUAACAUUGUUCUGUACAAUACGGAGAUAUAUUUGACGAGUACCCAGCUGAGAAAACCAUAUUGGACAACCCGCUAGGCGAGUUCAAUAUGGUUUUGUCAGCUGGGUACGAGUCCAAAUAUAUCUCGUAUUGUACAGUACAAUGUUAAAUAACCUUUUUAUUCUAUAUCUAUUUUAUCUUACUAUAAUAAUAGUUUAAAUUAAAAAGGUUUCACUGAAUAUUGUAUUCCUGCCUUUUCUAGUUUUUCCCAGCUUGGUAUGAGUGCAAAUAUAUAUUAUACAGAACAAUGUUAGACCUUAAAUAAACUUUUUAUUCUAUAUUUAUUUCUCUUCAUACGUAAUAUACGCAAUUCAUUGAAUGUUGUUUUUUCUGCGCAUCAUCAUUAAAAAAAAUAUAUGGUGCAACCUCCCUACAACAGCCAUUUGGCGAUUUGGGUGAUAAUAAUACUUGGUCGAGAUAUUAUGCCCACAAAUAUUGUCAGCAAGUUUGGUGAAGAUCGGAUGAAAACUGUUCGACUUAAAAGAGCGGACAAGGCUAAAUUCCCAGUUUUUCGAGUAAUUCAAGGACUGUUAUAAAAGAGUGUCUGGUACAAUUUGGCUGGUUAUCGAAACUGGCCGAGAUGUAAUGCCCACAAACAAUGUCAGAAAGUUUGGUGAAGAUCCGACGAAAACUGAAUUAUAGAGCAGACAUGUUUUGGAUGCUGACCGCCCGUCCGUUGCCAUUCAUAAUCUUCUCCAUUUUGUUUCUUAACCGUUAAAUAAAAACUGCUGAGGUAGCUAUUCAGACAGACAGGGCUGAUACCAAUUUCUAGGUUUCGUCCGGAACGUCUUCUUUAAGCGACUUUUCAAAUAUUCCAACAUCUGAUGAUCCUUUUACUGUAUUUUUAAGUUUUUGCUUAUUAACGAAUGUUUCAAUAUCUAAAUUAGAUAGCAUUGUUAUCCCUUGAAUCGUUUUUGUGUGUUGUAAGGAAUAAAGUCAGUAAUUCGGUCGAAAAUGUGCUUCCGUGGGGUAGUCGAAAGAAGUCCAUAAUAAAUAGAUCCAAAUUUUCCCAUUUUCUGCGCAAAUUCGUGUAGAACGAGUGCUUUAAUCACACUUUUUCGCUACUAGAAUACAUUCUGCAUGAAAUGAGACGGUUUUCAUGUUCAUACAACCCACAUGGAAAGUUUUGCAGAUCGAAACCGGAAGUAGGUGUUUAUUGCGCGGAGGAGAGCAAAUAUGCGCCAUUUUUAGGGUAGCAGACCACAACUGACUGGCAUUUCACUAGGAACUAUUCGACCCCCUAUUUUCUUUUCAUUUUUGCGUUAAUUUGUGAUAGAACUUUCAUGAAAAAUUGGUGUAGGAAAAAGUGAUGUUCUCUAAAGAUACGUAAAGACGACAUGAAAUUAAUUUUUAUAUGAAACAAAGAAGGAUUUGAAUUACUGACCUUUAACCUAUAAGAGCUGAAAUAAGACUAUUCUCGAAACACAUCGCAAUUAGUCUUUAUAGCCAUAAAUCGGUUGUAUAUGAUAUAAAAGAGUGUUUCCAAUGCAAAAUAAUAAUGAAAUUUGAACAAUUUUGAAUUUUGACCAUAAUUUAUGUAGAUGCGCCUAUUUCAGCAGGAAUUUCUGGGAUUAAAAAGCCAAUACUUUGUCUCCAGAAUGUCAGAAAAUGCACAAAAUGCAUCCUUCUGGGUCUUAUUCAUGACGGAAUGAAUGAUAUUUCAGAAUCCCAGUGAAAAAUAAUGGAAAAAAGUGAAACUUUUACCAAAAUAUGCAAUAAAAGGACCAUAGGGCCAAAAUUUAGCCCUGUAAUUGGGUAGGGGUGGCUUUUAUUAAAUGUCUAUAUUUCUCUAAAAUCUCGAAAUUUCACAAUGAAACUUGGCAAUAUGUUUGGUAUUACAUCUUUCUUGGAAAUACAUAUGAAAAUGGUGUGAAAUUUGAUAAGAAACAUUUCUUAUAAACAAAAAAACUCAAAUUAAAUCCAGAUUUCAAGACGCAUAAUCAAACUCAGUACAUAGAGCGCCUACUUCAUCCGAUUUACAUUCGGAACAUUUUCACGCGUUUCGGGCUUUAUCGUAUGUUUAACAUGGGACUGCUGAACCGUCCAAAUACAGAAAAUACAGGAUUUUUUGUACGCGCGUGCGUCCAAAUACAGAAAAUACAGGAUUUUUGUACGCACGUGCAUCCAAAUACCGUAAUAUUUUGUACGGUCACGUGUUGUAAAUGAACGUUCGCGAUUGGAUAGAUAAAAUAGGUAUAGAAUAAAUACCAAUUGCAUCUUACAACGCGUCACCCUGGCUUAUUAUGGACGAGAAUCUCGGUGUUUUGUACUGUCCGUGCAUUGUUUAAUGGUACGAAAAGAUUGGUGUUGCAUAAGAAAGCACUCACUUCACACAAAUUAACCCUGCUAAAUUUCUAUAAUGAACUUGUCCAUCUUUCAAUUUGGACAGUACCAUUAACUGUUAAAAGGUAUGAUUAACAAUAGACUGACUGAACUGCAAACAGGGCAGGUCACGAUCAGUUUGCACAUCAUGAUCUGCAGUCGUGUGUAAAUUGGAAUAAAAGUGGAUUGAACAGCUCCAGCAGAGCUCUAUUCUACAGACAAAUAUCUAACUAUAGGUUUUAGCCAUAUUUAGAUAUAUUAAGUAUAUUUAGAAUUUUUUGUAUUAGUUGAUCACGAUUACUUUUAUCCUCUCAACGUCUUUGUAUCGAAACUUGUAGAUGGAACCAGCCUAUUAGUACAUCUAUAAAUGAACGAAGAUGUAAUGUUUGUUACUACAUUGUAUAUAAUUAGAGGACGAGUAUCAUUCUGUCAUACAUAACAUAAUUAUACAUGUAUAUAGAUUGGAGCCGUGCCGAGAAAACCAACACAGUGCG